GUCGGCUCUUUCCGGGGAGGGUUCGGGCCGUUCCGGCGGCGUUCGGGCCUUUUCCCAGGCUGCCGUCGGGCCGGAAAGAAGGAACGGGCUGGAGGCGAGCGGCGGCGGAUGGGAACGGAGGAGAGAGGUUUCCCAGGUCGUGGUUCUGCACGGCUCCUACUGGAGGACGGGCAGCAGCGUCCCCUGGGUGCUCCUUGCCAGCAUGGACUGAGCUCAGGGAAGGCAGGCUCUGGGACAGGAGAAGCAGCAUGCCACGCGGCUCCUGGCUGGAAACACUCAGUGCUUUUGCCCUGCGGACUCCAGGAAACCUUCUUCUUUUUUGGUGAACUGAACCCUGCCCUCCUUUUUCUUUGCUGCAUGCCCACUCGCGAGUGCUGGAUUAUGUUUGUCUCCUUCUCCCUUUGCUCCAUCAUUUGGCUGAAUCGUGGCUUCAAGCUGAGGAAAAGGGGCUGCACCUAAACACAGCGGGGCGCUGGGACCAGGCUCCUGAGGUGCCGGUUGGUGCAGAGACAUUCAGACUGCUGAUGGGGGAGAGCUGCCCCUGAGGUCUCUCCUCUCCCACCCAAAGGACGCUGCCUCAACUCUUGGGAGCUCUCUCCUCAUGGCAGAGAGAAUGGGCAGCACUGACGGGUUCCAGUACCGUGCGCUCUACCCUUAUCGCAAGGAGCGCGAGGAGGACAUUGAUCUGCUGCCUGGGGACAUCCUGGUGGUGAGCAAAGGAGCCCUGCAAGCCUUGGGCUUCAAAGAUGGGGACGAGCAGAACCCCAACCAGAUCGGCUGGAUCCUGGGUGUCAACGAGCGGACCAAGCAGAAGGGUGACUUCCCUGGCACGUACGUGGAGUACGUGGGGCCUGUGAAGAUCUCCGUCCCUUCACACCGGCCCCGAGUGCAGAGACCCCUGCCUGCAACACCAGGAGCCAGUGGCUGCCGACUGCAGGAGGCUCUUGAGCAAGGGUCUCCUCUCCCUGACCUGCAGGAGCAGUUCAGCCCUCCAGAGGUUGCGCCUCCCCUUCUGGUGAAGCUGGUGGAAGCCAUUGAGAAGAAAGGGUUAGACAGUGAGAUGUUAUACAGGACAUCUGGCUCCGAACUGAGGCAAGCUCUAAGAACCGAUUGGAGCCUGGGUGACCUGGAGCCCUUUGACGUGCACUCCCUGAGCGAAACACUGCGAGGUUACCUGCAGGACCUGCCCUCCCCUGUGGUCCCAGUGUCUGUGCAUGGAGACAUCCUUCGCAUCCUGCAGGAGAUCCCCCAGCCAGAGAAUUGCCGGAAACAGCUGCUGCUGGCCUUGGAAUCACCUGCAAUCCCACUCCAGAACACACUCACCCUACAGUUCCUGCUCCGGCAUCUGAGGAAGGUAUCGCAGCAGGCCGAGAGCAACAGCCUCCACCCUCAGGCCCUGGGAGAGAUCUUUGGCCCCCUCCUCCUCCGGCUGCCCGGCGCCAGCCCAGAGCUGAGUCCUGACUUCUCUGUGCUUUUUCUGGAGAUGCUUCUGCAGACGAAGGAGUUGGAGCCAGAACAGUUGCCUCCAGCAUUGCCUCCAAAACCGCCUAAGCCAAAGCCCAGUGCAGCCAGCCUGGCCAACGGGAACAGCGUGCCCUUGCAGGAUGCAGAGUGGUACUGGGGUGACAUUUCCCGGGAGGAAGUGAAUGAGAAGCUGCGAGACACUCCAGAUGGUACCUUCCUGGUGCGUGAUGCCUCCAGCAAGAUCAAGGGGGAGUACACACUCACACUCAGGAAAGGAGGCAAUAACAAGCUGAUCAAGAUCUUUCACCGGGAAGGGAAGUAUGGCUUCUCAGAGCCCCUGACUUUUGGCUCAGUGGUGGAGCUCAUCACACAUUACCGGCAUGAGUCGCUCGCCCAGUACAACGCCAAGCUGGACACCAGGCUGCUCUACCCCAUCUCCAAGUACCAGCAGGACCAAGUGGUAAAAGAGGACAGCGUGGAAGCUGUAGGGGAACAGCUGAAGGUCUAUCACCAGCAAUACCAGGACAAGAGCUGGGAGUAUGAUCUGCUGUAUGAGGAGUACACCCGCACUUCCCAGGAGCUGCAGAUGAAGAGGACAGCGAUUGAAGCCUUUAAUGAAACGAUCAAGAUCUUUGAGGAGCAGUGUCAGACACAGGAGAAAUGCAGCAAGGAGUACAUCGAGCGCUUCCGGAGGGAGGGCAACGAGAAGGAGGUGCAGCGGAUCCUCAUGAACUCAGAGAAGCUCAAGUCUCGCAUCACGGAGAUCCAUGACAGCAAGAUGAAGCUGGAGCAGGACCUGAAGAAACAGGCCUCGGAAAACAGGGAGAUCGACAAGCGCAUGAACAGCCUCAAGCCAGACCUCAUGCAGCUGCGCAAACUGCGGGACCAGUAUUUGGUGUGGCUGACGCAGAAGGGUGCCCGUCAGAAGAAAAUCAACGAGUGGCUGGGUAUCAAGAACGAGACAGAGGAUCAAUACUCCAUGAUGGAUGAUGAGGAGGAGCUGCCCCACCACGAGGAGCGGACGUGGUACGUGGGGAAGAUCAACCGCUUGCAGGCAGAGGAGAUGCUGUGCGGCAAACGGGACGGCACCUUCCUGAUCCGUGAGAGCAGCCAGAAGGGAUGCUAUGCCUGCUCUGUGGUGGUGGAUGGUGACACCAAGCACUGCGUGAUCUACAAGACAGCGACUGGCUAUGGGUUUGCAGAGCCCUACAACCUAUACGCCUCUCUCAAGGACCUGGUCUUGCACUACAAGCACACGUCCCUGGUGCAGCACAAUGACUCCCUGAAUGUCACGCUGGCUCACCCGGUCCUUUCCCAGCCACCAGCCAGAUGAACAGACCGUGCACAACACAACAGCUGCCUUCAGCUUUUCCCCAGAGCGCUGCUUUCUGGCUCUGGACUCUUGCACCCUGUAUAGUUGAGUCUCUGUGCUCCUGCCCCUCCAGAGCAUCUGAGAUGUCUGUGACCGUUCCUGGUGUCCCUUUUGGUCAGUAGCUGAAACCCGUGUUGGCUGAUGGGACAAAAAAAAGGCUGGAAUGUUGACUCGCAGCGGCCUCCAGCCCUUCCGAGGUGGGAUCUAGUUGUGAUUGAAUUUGCUGUGGAUGAGUGCAGCCCCCUCUCCUUCCCCAACAAACAGGUCAGAUCCCCCUUCUUGCUGGCAGGCUGCCCCCUAUACAUCACCGUAGAGCUCGAUCCCAAUUCCUCUGCACUGUGGUGUCGUUCCCUGCCCAGCCGAGCAGCACUGACGCACUCAGAGCAAGGGGCUCCUUGCCAGAUCCUGGAGGAGGAGGAGCCUCUGCUGAGUAUGUGUGUCCUGCACUCUCACUUCCCUCGGUGACUUUGCAGGUGGGGGUGGGAGCUGCUGUCUGGUACGAGGGGUGCUGCUCUUCCAUGCAGGGACUCAUUGCAAAGAGAAGGCAGUGUUGUCUGUGGGGCAGCGGGUGUGCUGGGUGGAGGGCUUCUUAGCUGAGGCCCCCUCUCCAUCCCAUGCCCCAUCUUGGUGUCAUAGCCAGCUCUGUAGUGUUGCUGUCUGGGGAGGGAGGAUGUGGUUUGUGAUGAAUCUCUCACCUUAGUUGCGCCAACUAAGCUGUGAAAUCCGUGUUGGUCCCCGUGUUUUUCUCCCUGGCAGAUCCCGUGGGGCGCACAGCUCUUUGUUUCUGGUUGUCUUUGGUGAAGCUCUGCGAGUGCGACCCGUUGAAGCUAAGUGUAGCUCUGUAAAUAUGGUUCUUUUCUUUGUAAUUGGCUGCUUACCUCGUCCUGCUGAACUCCCACUACGACAUGCACGAGCGUGGGCAGCGGCUGGGAGGGGUGGGAGGCUGACGCACACUACGAGCCCUGCCCAAAAUGAAGGACCUCUGCUGCAGGAGGGUGGUAUUUCCACUGGGCCUGGGGCCUCAGCACGUAGGGAUGUAGAUGCAUGAUACCCAACUGUGUAUGCAAAGCACUUACAUUUGUGAGUACUGUAUGGGGACGGGGUGGGGGAGCUGCCUGUUGUGUGUGGCUGGCACAGGCAGAGCUAUGAGGUGUCUCUUUAUAAAAGGCUGAAUUGAGAGGGCUCCAGGUGUGGGGUGGACCCUGCAGGAGCUUUAACAGCCAGACCUGGGCUCUGAGUUGAGGCUGCGGUGGCUUUUGCUUUACUGCAUCAUCCUGUCUGCCUGGGUUGAAGAAAGCACCAGAGGCUCCUUCCCUUACAGAGCCCAUGUCCUCAGGACAGGCUGGUGGAUGCUGUAGGCUUUGCUGCUUUGCUUUGUAUCACGAUGGGCUGUGCAGGCUCCUCAGGUGCUGCGGUGCCUUUGGGUGCGCCCUGCCCACAUCCCAUCCUCCAUUCACUGUCUGCAAUGGGGCCCACAACGUUCCAUGCUCCCAUCAUCAGCUCUGCUGCUCCCGUUGAUCCAGGAUCCCUUUUGGAUCUGGGAUUGCUGGAAUCAAUGUCACAUUCCCAUUGCUUAUGGCAGCUCUCCCAGCUGUACAGACCCCAUUCUUUGCUCUGUGUGGGCCCUGGGCUGUGCUGGGGCUCCCCUGCUCUGUCACUGUUUGGUGCUAUCACGUGGUGAUCAGUGAUAAUUAAUAAUUAAGGGAACAGUUUGUGCUGGGACUGAGAGCUCAGAUGAGCAGUGAGGCUGGCAGCUCCAGCACUCAGAGUCCUCCCUGUGUAAUGAUUGGAGGUGGUUUAUUGAGUCACUCACUGCAUCUGAAAGGAAAACAGUGUCAAAAUGUCUUUGAGAGGAGGAAUUGUAGGGAGGAUAUCAUUGCAGGCCCAGCCUGAAGCAGGAGGAUCAAUCACACUGCUGCCUUCUGGGACCAGCUCAUUGCUGAGUCAACCCCCCCCCAUAGAGACCCAUAGGGUGAGGUUGGCACAGUGGGUUACACUGAGGGUUUCUGUGGGAACUCAGUCAUCUCUAUAGGGUUAUUCUAUGAGUGUUUGUGGCCAGCUCACUGACUCUUGGUGCUGCUGUGUGCUCUGCAGUGUGUUUUAUCACCAGCAAUCCAAUGUGGAUUGGUUUGGUGGUGAUUGCACUGAGCACAACCAGAUUCCCUCUGGGGGCUCUUAGUUCAUUCAGAGUGAUGUGGGUGCAUCCAACGCUUUGAAUGGGGCAUUGAAUUGGGCAUUGCUCAAAGCCCAGCUGCCCCCAGCCCCUCUGAUAGCAGACCAAGCUGGAACAUCAGGAGAUCUUCACCCUUAUAACAGACUCAGAGCCCAGGUUUGGGCUGUGACACCCCAAAUCUUUGUGCUGUGGGGCUGGGCUGCUCCUCCAGCCCCUCACCCAAUGUCCCUCCAGCACCUCCUGCUCUUGAGCUGCUCCCAGCGCUUCGCUUGGCCCCCAGGCUUUGCUGCCCAGGGGAAUCCCAGCUCCCCAUGACGGCGUUUUUAACCCUCCCGGCUGUUUCUGACUUGCACAGCCACAGCCUCUAUAUGAGCCCAGCAGCCGUCAUGGUGGCCCCACUGCAUCUUCCAGCCCUGACACGCAUCACUGCAGCUGGGGACGCGGUCGGCCCCAUGGGGCUCUGCUUGCAGUGCUGUGUGUGCGAGGAGGAUGAGGCCCUUCUGGUGCUGCCAUUCCCCCAGCAGUGCUUGACUUGGCUCUCAGAAAUGCUCCUUUUCUCUUCUUUCCCCUUGAAGUGGAAGCCCAAACCCUGAGUUUUCCGCAGCGCAGCUCCCCUGGAUGAAGCUACUUGUGAUUUGUCUUUGCUGCUUUUGCUCGUGCUGUCCGGGUAGUGACGUGUUUCGAUGCCCUGGGCUGUGCUUUGCUGCUUAUGACCCGCAUGUCCCCCCCCCCCAACACCCCACGUGCCCACGUCCCACGGGCACAACGCGGCCGUUCCACCCCCAGGGAUGUGCCCGACUUCGGGUGGGCUCACGUGGCUCUAUUCCCAUCUCAGGACACUCUGAGCCCCCCAAUAUCCCCCCUUACAACGCUCACAUCGCAGUGGGGGGGUUGGGGGCUCAGAGCUGCCCCGACUGCUUUGUGCUCAGAGAGGACGUGGCGGCUGUGAGCGCUACCGAGAUGUUAGUCCUUAGGUAUAUGCAAUAAUCAAUACUCUUUAACUCGCCACUUCAGCUGUCUGUUACCAGCAGUAGCUCUCUAUGCUCUUUCUGUUGAUGUUUACUAAUGUAAAACCCCGGUAUUUGUUACUGUAAGAGAAUUUUUUGUACGGUACUUCAACGAAAAAAAAAAAAAAAGGAAAAAAAAAGGAAAAAAAAAACCACAAAAAACCC